AGGAAAACCCACCUUUUUUCAUUGUUAAGGACGCGCUGGAAUGUGAUGGUUUGAUCUCAAACGGACCAGGGAGGGGAAUAUCCGAGAGGAAAGGACCAACGAAAGCGGCGGAGGGAAAGGGGAAAGCAAAUAAAAAAAGCGGUCUCCCCUCCUUUUCUGUCGCCUCCAACUCUCUGGUCUGGUCUGAGAAUAUGUGGAUGAACUUGUCCCGGCCGCAGCAGCAGCAGCGAGUCCGACCGUCCGCAUGAGCUCGACCCGUGUGAAGUUGUGGAUUUACCGUUGCGUUGUUCGGCGUCGUGGAGCCUCUGAGGAUGGAGAGUUUGUGGAGAGGAGCUUGAUGUGUUUUGGACAAAAGGAUGCAUCUGAAGUUAAAUGACAGACUUGCCUCCUAAGCAACACUCUAAGGGACCUUUGAAGUCUUAAAGAGACGUUCGCAAAAAGAAAGCAAGACAGACUGCAAAGAGAAAAGAGCUUUAAGGACUUGCUGUCACUGCUACACAAAUGUGGACCCCCCAAAACGCUGUCAUCAAAUAAUCUGGACAAUAAAACAAAUCCCACUGAUACAACAGAAAGAACUUUGUAGUCAUGUCUGAUCAUAAAGACAUGACACACCGCCACCUGCGGCACAAGCUACAGAGUCUUGGCCGAAGGCUGGAUGAACUGGAAGAAGCAACUAACAAGCUGCAAAAGUCUGAGGAUGAGUUACUCGACCUGCAGGACAAGAUCAUCCAGGCAGAAGGCAGCAACUCGUCCCUGCUUUGUGAUGUAGAGGCUCUGAGGAAACGUCUCCUGAAGAUCCAGGGUAAAGAUGAGGAGGUACGCAAAGCUGAGGAUCUAUGUCGCACAGUCAGAGAGAAACUGGAAGAGGAGGAAAACCUUACAAAGGAGCUAAAGGCAGAGAUUGAACGUCUUCAACGAAGAAUGGCUGAACUGGAGAAACUGGAAGAAGCUUUUGGGAAAAGCAAGUCAGACUGCAGCCAGCUCUGCCUUAGCCUCAACGAGGAGAAGAAUUUGACCAAGAAGCUUUCGUCUGAGUUGGAGACACUCAAAGACCGUUUGAAGGAGGUGGAGGGGUCUGGGAAAAAACUGGAGGGAGCAGAGCUGGCAUUGGCUAUGGAGCUUGAGAAACUCAAGGGAUUCACCCAGACCUUUGUGAGUGAGCGUAAGAAGCUACUAGAGAAACAGAGAGAGGAUGCGAAGAUCAUUCAAAUGUUGACAGAAAACCUGGACGACCAGAAGAAUCGCCUUGGCAUGUCGACAGAACCCGGUCGUGCAGAUUUCAUGAGGCCAAGAAUUGAAGAUGAGCUUUCAUCCACAGUACUCUUCACAAGUAAACUGGCCGGACGCAAGAAGAGCGUGGAUUACUUAAAACUGGCUGACGAUAAGCUUGGUAUCGUGAACAAAUCUGAGAAUGAGAAGAACAGCAGUCUUGAAGGUUUGCAAGAGGAGGACAACAAAGUAAAGGAGCUGACUCAGGAAGUAGAGAGGCUGAAGAACCGUCUUAAACAGCUGGAGAUCGUGGAGGAGGAUUUAAAGAACUCCGAGUCCAAGAAUGGUGAGCUUCACGAAAAGUUUCAGAUAGAACGCAACCGAGCUCGCCAACUGAGUGAACAGGUGGAACAGCUGAGGACGCAGCUGUGUGGAAAAGGUGGAAUUGGAGGAAAUGGAAUUAGUAACGUGGAAAAACACGGCAAUGGAAGCACUAACGUUUGCACCAACAGCCCUGCUAAGGUCCUGGAGAAUGGCAAAGCUGAGAAUGAAGAGAUUCUGAAGGGAGGUUUCAGACAAGAGAAGCCUAAAUAUAGAAGUGCAGCAAACGUCUCAGAACCGAGCUCCCCAAAACACAGAAACAGGGAACUCUCUCCUCAACAUAAGAGAGAAACGAAACUGAGGAGCAAAGAGCUCAGCCACUCUGAAGACAGUUCUCCUAAAUCUGUAAGGAGAGCCCUCAGUCCUGCUCACAAGAGCAGAAGGAUACCCAAAACCCAGACUUCUUCGAUUUCAUCUGAUAACGGAAUACGAGACACAGGACGGGGAACUGAGGAAAAGACAAGAGGAGCCACAUACAGCUCUGUAAAUACAACUUCUAGUGAUAUUAAAAAGGUGUCUGUUCUUAGUCGCUACCCUCCAGCUGCUAAUGACCAGAAGCCGCUGAGGACAGUUCACAAACAGGCUGAUGGGGACAUUAAGAAGAGCAGAGAAAAGUUUUCAAAGUUGUACGUUGGUAGUGAUAGCGAAUCAAACAACUCUGAUGUAGUGCCUGAAAGCUCCAGUAACAUGAACAGUAUCUCUGCACUAGAGAAGGACACAGCAUCUGCCUCAGAUCAGGAAUCAGCAGACCCAGUUCAGGAGUCUGUCUCUGUACCGGUCACUUCCAGUCUAUCCAAAGCCAAUGGAUCAUACACAGCCUACAGAUCUCACAUCACUCCACUGCUGCCCAGUGACCCGGGGUCAGAGGGUCAUUCCUCUGCCUCUGAAACAGAAUCUACUGGUUCAAGGCCCUCUGAACCAGACCCUGUAGCUGAGACGACUAGUACGACUGUAAGCAGUAGGACUGCAACCUCCAGGUAUGCUAGAUACCCCCAUGUCCACGACUCACAUUCGGAGGGCUCUUCCUCCAGAAGCUCAUUCGAUGAGGAGCUGCACAGCAGGACACAGUUAGCUGAAGGAGGACACCAGGGGCCUAUCCACACUCCGUCAGGGAUUGAAAUCCAGCGAGUGUGCAGCCCACGGGAGGCGCUGAGGUCAAAAGCUGUCAUCAAGCCUGCCAUUAUUGAGAUUGACAGGAAGGAAGUAAUGAUUUCAGAACCUUUGUCUGCAAAUGGCAAACCCAAGAUCUCCACCAAACCAGUCGUGACCACUACUAGUAAAAUGACCAGUAGUAUCACCAUCUACCCCAAUGACCCGAGCUCUUCCAGAACCAGCAGUCGCAGCAGCAGCGUGUCCAGUGAACCUUUGCCUGUCAGAGAACGACACACAUCUACCAGUAACAUCCUCAUAGGCCCCAGCAGUGACCACCAUGGCAGUAUUUCCGUCCCUUAUGAGAUCUCCAUACCCAAGAGUGAGAUCACGUUGCGGUCGUGCCAGGACCAGGACUGUGGUGCAGACAACCACAGUGAUUCCUCAUCAAGGUCCAAGCUCCACAACACUUCCAGGGUGGAAACCACCACCAGCCACCUGUGCUGCCAACGCAGCAACUUCAGCCUCCAGUCCCCCGACACCACCUCCGCGGACUUCAAUGACACCGAGUCCGGAUUUGAGAGCAGCAGCUGCAGUAGCACAACCACGGUCACAAGCUGGAGAAGCCAAAGACAAGGCCAGCACUCACAAGAAGACAGUUUACCAGACAUGAAGAAUGUGACUGUGAGGAGCACCUGGAGGAACAAAGGCGCCAUGUCAGCAGAUGAGGCAGGUCGAGGAAGAGGAGGUACGAGGGCCACAGCGGACGGUGGGUCUGAAGAUGAAGCAGAAGCUGCAACAACAUGGAGGGCUUAUCGAGCAACCACCUUUGAUACAGAGGAAUCAGUAAACAGUGGAUCAGGGGCUGCUGGUAAUGCUGCAGCACAGAAGGGAGUCAAGCCGUCCCCUGCAGAGGUGUACAUGCGCAGGAUCAACAGUGUGGUUACUAGCACGAGAGAAGUCGAGGAACCAGCUCUUCGCAGAGGAAAACGCUCUCAGUCUCCCAGUAUGGAAACUGGAGGCCUGGGAAGGACCAUACCCCACGCACCUGUUACCUCUCAGUCCUGGAGCCGAUCAUAUUCACAACAACCACCGGCUGCUGAUAGCUUAGACCCCAGUCCAAACCCGAGCCACAGCCCGGCCUCUUGGAGAAGACACCUACCCAGCAGCGACUCACACCACCUGGGGAGCUCUUAUGACCGGUCGUCUAAGACGUCAGGAGCCUCCUCCAGAGGAGGGGAGCUCUGGUCUAGUCGGGGUCAAGGAUCAGGGGCCAGAGCUGAGGGGAGGAGUGGAGCAGGAAGCAGACAGUGGAGCCACCGUCAGUCUGAACAUCAUUAGAUCAACUGGAUCUGAGCAGGACAGCAAGAGAACAGCACUCCAUUAAGCUCUCAUCGGCACAAGGAGGGCCAAACACCGGUCUCCCGUCAACUCAUGGCUACAUAUAUUACCACCAUCUCUAGCAGAAAACACCUGCAGCUUUUGCAACAAGUAAAAUAAGAAAAUAUCUGUUUCAGCAAUAUAGAACAACAAACUACAGACCCGACCCUGAGUGUACGCUGAGACAUGAACAUCUCUCACUAUGUGGAAAUUUCUCUGUGCCAGAAAAGGUAUAAAAGGAAAGCUAGUGCCUGUACAGUUUUUCUGAGGUCACCUCACCAGCCCACGGAUCCUCUUCUGCUUCUUGUGUUGGAUGUAUUAUCGUGUAAUCCUGAAACUUGACAAGGGAGAGGCUGGCAUGCUGGGGAGGGCUGGAGAUUUUCCUGCGUGCCAGAGAGGGUUUAAAGAGAGCUAGAGGAAGAAGGACUCAUGAAAGCGUGAAUGCCUUUCUCUGAGGACCGUUACAGUAACCUCAGCGGAGCUGGAUGUGCCGCUUUUGCUUCAAGAUUUCAACGUUUCUUCAUCACUGAAAAGACAAACCCGAACUUCAGUCAUCAGCAGUGCACCUUUAUGUCAUGGCGCUUCACAAACCAAAAGAUCUCUACUUUAAUUAUGACCAAAAACAGGAAGUGAAUUACCCACUUUUCAGUAUAAUAUUUUUGCCCGUUCGCUUGGAAGGCCCUACAGGCUUCUUUUCCCAAUUAUCUCACACAUACAUUUGGAAACCAUGCAGAUAUAUCCACAAACAACAAACACAUGCACAUUUUUAACUUUAGGUUUAUUUCUGAAUCCAUUUCACCACUUUCCGGCAUGAACUGACCUCAGAAUGGAUGUAAUUUGGGGUCUUAGAUGUUGAACGGCCAUUUGCAUGUUUCCAAGUAAUAAACGAAGCGCACUUGAAAGAUUGUGAUUCAGCAUGCAGUCUGCUUCAAGGAUUGCUGGUUGGCCGCAUUUUAGGAGCGUGUCUACACACGCAUACACACAAACAUUAUUUCUGACAGACUGGGACCUUAUUUGUGUUUUUGUUGUUUUGAUUUGGUGUAAUUCGCUUCCUGUUCUGCAUCAUCAUCUCCCUUUCUUCUCAAUCAUGUUAAGUAAAAAGACCGUAGAUUGCAUGCACUGACGUGCAAUCCACAUGUACAAAAAAAAAAAACAGAUUAGUGGGGGUGUCAGUGUUUAUAACCUUAAACCAGGAUACAGUUUCCAUGGUGCUUUUCCAGCUGUUGCAACUGUCCUCAUUCGUGAAUUUUUAAGAGCCAUAGCAAAGUGGAGUUUCGGUUUGAACUGAACAUUGAACUUUGGACUACCAGCAAACCUGAUCUGGCAUUUUUUCAGUGUCCACCAGCCAGUCAUAGGAAAGACCCAAGGGGUUGGACUUCCAACAAGAAACUGAACUUGUAUGUGACUGGGUUCGCCGUGCGAAUCAUCCCAGAUUCUUUGUUUCAUAUUUCUAUAGAGGUGUACUGUUUUUUUUUUUGUUUCAUCAUAAAACAUCAACUUGUGGUUUGUAUGUUGGAGCAAUCUGUCACUGGUGGGGGCCACUGCAGCCGUGAGUGUGCCAUAGAAUAGAUUUAGCCACUGGCCAGUAAAAAAAUAAGGUGUUUUCACUGCAUACAUGUGACAGAAACCAUGCUGACAAUUUCAAACUGUAAAGUCUUUCUACAGGCUCCUGCUGGAAUUUUAAGACUAUUGAGUCAAGAUUCACUGCAGAACAACAGGCGUUGUAAACUUUCCAUCCCAGAACAAAAUUUGUGAAUGUUGCUAAGGAAUGCAGCUGAGAAUGACCAAUUGCUUGAUGGUUCGAUGCAUUAAUCCAGCACAACUGCAUUCUUUGUCUCUUGAAUCUGCUAAAAGGCAGACAAAGUAACGCAACCAUAACUGUGACAACUGUGGACCAAGUUCUGGAUCUCUUAAAGAACUUGGGACUUCUCAAGCCUGCUCUCCAUCUGGUUCUUCUGCUGUUGUGGAUUUCAGUGCUGUUGUGUCAGACCCUGCUGGGGAUGAUCUGAUUCAGUCUGAGUACAUUUCUUAGCUCUCCUGUAUUCUACCAGCUGCCAUCUAGCUGUAAUAUUUAUUAGUACCCAUAUAUGUACAGGUUCUUUAAUUGUGAAGAGGUCUGCCUGGUGGCCGGAGCUCAGUCUGUUGCCACUUUGUCACUUUACUGUUUAUGCAAGCAGGAGAUUUUAUGCAAUCAAACUGUCCCCCAUACAGUGUCUGUAACCAUGUCAGUCAUGGUGGUGUACAUUAAGAUACAGGAGGUGAUGACUGUAAAAACAAGUUUGCCAGGUCCAAACUCAAAAGUUUGUUUACCUUCAGAAUGCACAUUUUCACUAAUGUUUAUUUCUAUUGUUUACCCUUUGCUAGAAAUAUCUACAAUAUGUUCAUCUGUGCCUUGAGAUACAAUAGGAGAGGUAGAUUGUCCCAACAAAUUCAGACUUGCACCAUGUUCUUACACUUAGAGUGCAGAUAAAUGACAUGCAAUACUGAUUGUAGGGUUUCAUUUUGUUUUACUUUGUUUUUUUAACUUUAUAUUUUUUAAAUUUAAGGAUUGUCAUGUGGAUCGUUGUAGAAGUAUUUUGGUUCUCCGAGGGAACUCCUCCCUGAGGGAUGUCAAAACUAGGUUCCCUGAGUUUUUCUUUUUCUUCUAACCCAACUCCAAAGUACCCUUUUAAAGAAUAUAGACCACACUGCCCAGAAAGCUGUGUCCUUUGGAUUUGACUGUCAGAGUCGCAGGGUCCAGCGUAGCCUCAGAAAGGAUUGCCAUGCGGCUUCUUCAUGGCCACUGCUGGCUUUAUGAUGAGUAAAAACAGACCAGACAUACUGUUCAGAGCUCUCAGUGCACAUGCCAUGACUUGAUGAUGAUAUAGUCCCUCUGUGUUCUCUCUGUUAUUGUUUGUACUGCCACUCUUCUCAUUUACCAAGACGAAAAGCCAUUUCUUCCCCAAUCUCUCAUCUUUUCAACCAGUUCCAACUUCCCUUUUAGUAUUUUAGAGAAGCCAAGUGUCCCUUUCUUCCCCUCUCCUCUUGUCCUCCACCUUCCUCUGUUUCUCUGCGUUUUCCUUGGAUUCUCAUUUCCUAGAAGGAAAGCCUUGGCUCUAAACAGCAGUCAUAUUUGUUGCUGGUUCAGAGAGUUGUUUUAUUGAAGGCCAGAGGCCUGUCACCAGGCAGUGAUGGGCAGCUCCCUGGGUAGCUGGAAGGUCAGAGGUCAGGGCUGCAUCUAAUCCUGUCUCUACAUCUUGACUCAGGGUUUCUAAAUACAGGAGAGAGGAAGACGGACAGCUUGGCAGUGAUGUCCACUUUGUGGAUAAUUAAAACACACUGGGUAUUGAAUGUCCAGCUCUGCCUGCGAUCAGUCUUCCACAGUUACACGUGGUCUUCAGUGGGUGUGUAGUGUUGUUAAUAUGUCAGCGAUGGUCCUUAUUUAAGGCUCGGCACGUGAACUAGUGUGUUCUAAACUUUUGCAAGUCCUUGAGCAAGAAGGUAGUGAAUGACAAAUGUGUGUGUGUGUGUGUGUGUGUGUGUGUGUGUGUGUGUGUGUGUGUGUGUGUGUGUGUGUGUCAGAGCGGACAUGCAGGGCUCAAGACGUUUUAGUUUUUCUUUGAGGCUGACGUCACUGUGGGUCAGGAUUACUGUAGAUAGCAACGUAGUGAUGCACGUGCUAACACCAAUGCCCUCCUCGACCCUUAUCCUGCCUUGCUGCCCUCCCCAAAUAAAGCUCUCAUGUCACGUUUCUCUCCAUCCAAUCGGUGAUACUCUUCCAUGCAGACAAUCACUGCAUGGCAGAGUACACUGUGAGGCCUUUCAUUCAUCUUGUUCUCCUCCAUUCAUUCUUCUACCUUUAAUUUAUUCUGCUCUUCAACCUUUUUCUCCCCCUCUUUCCCUGAAAAGACCAUUCGAGUCGGGGGUCCCAGGAAGAGCCCAGCUGUCGGAAACUGUAGGUUUUAUGACGCGUUGGAGGGUUUCCCUCCUGGAGACAGGGUUCAAAGCAAGCAAGGCUUUUUAAAGAGCACAGUUGAAACUCCAUCCUCGGCUAUGCACGCUGCCUUCUUCCUUACAAGGCCCCAAAGUACACUAACACCACAGCUAACCCGGCUCUACGUCCACUCCGUCCAAUGAAACCCAGCUGGGCUCUGUGUGCCAAGAAGACCAGCCACGGCUUCUGUCUAUAUGUGCAAAACAUCGCAUGUGAUGAGUCUUAUUCGGCACUUCCAGUGGCGACAGUCUGUACAGUGUUGACAUGGUGGAAUGCACUGAUUGGUCAUCUGGGACUCGAGUGAAGACUUUCCAGGUUUCCAGACUUCUAAGGCUUUUGUGGUGCUAUAAAGAAACUGCUGGGUGUUUGUGAUUGUUCCUCUGAUUUGUGAACGAUGGCACUUUUUGUUGAACGUGCUGAUUCAGAGCACCGGUGUAAAAGCUGGUGUCGUAGUAGAAUAUUUCGGGCAACGCUAAGUAUGAUAUGAGGAGAAGAUGUGGUUCAGCAAUGGAGAGAAAAGGAGGCUGCUUGUGUUUUCCUGCUCAAAUACCAGCUAAGGAAAUCCUCUUAAGCUAUGUUGGUGUAUGUAUAAACAUCCGUUAUUUACAAGUCAUUGUUUUUCCCUUUUAUAAAGUAGACUAGAAUGUACUUAGUGGAGAUUGGAGUGGUGAGGUAGAAAUGGCUCGCGGGCAGCGAGCAGGCCCAUGUCCUCAAAGGCGUCCAUUGUGAAGCCAGGGUCAUGGUGUCAUUGGGUGGCGUAGACUGUAAUCUGCACUUAACCAGCACUUAACUUUAAGACCUCAAACGACUAAUGCCCCCUUAGUCCCCCUUCGUCAAAAAGUUUCCCUCUUUUGUGCCCCGUAAUUGUACUUUAAGUCUGUUUUCAGUAGCUGUUUGCUGAAUGUAACAGUCAUAUAUAUAUAUAUAU